CCGCUCUGUUGUUGCUCGCUCUCUCUCUCGCUCGGGCCACACAUGGACUAAAAGUUAGACAGACAAGCUGAGGAAAGGCGUGGAUGGUUAUUUACCUGCUUCCAUCAGCCACUGCAGAGGGACAUUGAAAAGGGAACCCACAAGCUGUGGGUUGUCAUGGACACCUUUUUCCGCCGGCACUUUAGACUGAAAGGGGCGGAACAAUGCCAAUACAGACGGCCUGGCGUGGCGGUGCCCACAAGCAAGGCUCGCCGGCGCUCCAGUGUAGGACUGCCCUCUGCUGGCCUGGUCCAACGUAGACGCUCUAGUGUGGGACAGCCAUUCACAGGUCCUGUCGGACGCAGAAGGUCCAGUGCAGGCCUGUCGCCGACUUCUCAAUCCCAACGAAGACGUUCCAGUGUUGGCCUGCCGUCAGGCUAUGUGGGCCGUAGAAGCUCCAGUGUGGGCUUGGCCUGCGCUGCUCACCAACAACGCAGGCGCUCCAGCGAGGUGCAGGGGUUACCACACUGUUAUUAUGGAGGGGGGCAGCUAGUGAGUACCAGAUACUACACCAGGCGUCGCUCCAGCACCACCAUGGCCUGUGUCAAUCCCCGCUUCUCUGUCCGCCGCCGGCAAGCCGCCAAGCUCCGCACCAUUGACACCCAACUGCUGGGGCCUUCCAUGCUGCUGGCCAGCCUGGUCCAGAUGAGUGCGGAGCAGCAGAGGGCACCAGGGGCGCAGGGCGGUGAGGGGGCAUCAGAAGAGGGCACUGAGAGCUGCCCCUCCUCCUCGUGCUGCUCCGAGUCGGAGGGGGACAGCUGCAGUCAGAGAGAGUGUAGCACCAGGUCGGAGGGCAGCGGGAGUGAACAAGAGGGGACUGAGGCAUCAUCAUCAUAUCCAGAGGGAGAGAGGACGUCUCCAUGGCAGGACUGGAAUCAGGCUCAUAGUAUGGCAGCCUUGACGAUGGAGAGCAUCCAGUCCCGGCCCCUGAUCCGCGCCCCGCGCUGCCUGCGCCGUAACUCCUCCCAUCUGCUGCCGGCGGAGGCGGUGCACCGUAGCAGGGCGGCCUACGGUGUGCACGGGCGCUACCGACGCUCCAGCCAGUUACGGAGGCCUUCCACUAUCUCCAACAGCGCCUGGCAAGGCAGGCUAGUCCCCGCACCCAGCCGCAGGAGCUCUAUAGUGGCCCGCCACUCCUCCCGUUCCCUGUAUAGGAACUGUUCCGCUUGCUGGAAGCCCAGGGGCCGCAGGGAGUCCCUCAGCCCCCUGCAGGGCAUCUACUAUGACCCCCGCCUGGAGACUUGGAGUGGAUUUGUAUCGAAAGCCAUUGCUAAAUCGGGUCUACAGCACCUGUCUGCCCAGCCCAGUGCCUCAGCCCUGGCCAAGUUUGACCCAGACAGGGAGAUCCGGAGCAGCUGUGACUGGACCGAGAACGCCCUGUAUGGGGAGCACAUCUGGUUUGAGACCAAUGUCUCUGGGGACUUCUGUUACGUCGGAGAGCAGCACUGCUUCGCCAAGACACUGCAGAAAUCUGUAGCCCGGAAAAAGUGUGCAGCCUGCAAGAUAGUGGUUCACACAAUCUGCAUAGAACAGCUAGAAAAGAUAAACUUCAGGUGUAAACCGUCAUUCAGGGAAUCGGGGUCUAGGAAUAUACGAGAGCCCACCGUAGUGCGGCACCAUUGGGUCCACCGGAGGCGCCAGGAUGGGAAGUGUCGCCAGUGCGGGAAGGGUUUCCAGCAGAAGUUUGCCUUUCAUAGCAAAGAGAUUGUGGCCAUCAGCUGUUCAUGGUGUAAACAGGCAUAUCACAACAAGGUGUCCUGCUUCAUGCUGCAGCAGAUCGAGGAGUCCUGCUCCCUGGGUGCUCAUGCCUCUGUCAUCAUACCCCCUACCUGGAUCCUCCGGGUUCGCAGACCUCAGACCUCGCUAAAGUCGAGCAAAAAGAAAAAACGGACCUCGUUUAAGCGCAAGUCCAGCAAAAAGGGAGUAGAGGAGACGCGCUGGAAGCCCUUCAUAGUUAGACCCAUUCCCUCUCAGCUCAUGAAGCCGCUGUUGGUGUUUGUCAACCCGAAGAGUGGGGGAAAUCAGGGAGCCAAGAUUAUCCAGUCGUUCAUGUGGUACCUGAACCCUCGCCAAGUAUUUGACCUGAGUCUGGGAGGACCCAAGGAUGGGUUAGAAAUGUACCGUAAGGUGCAUAACCUGAGGAUACUGGCAUGCGGAGGGGAUGGCACGGUGGGUUGGAUCCUGUCUGCUCUGGACCAGCUCCAGCUGAACCCCCAGCCUGCAGUAGCCAUCCUGCCUCUGGGGACAGGCAACGACCUGGCCAGGACCCUCAACUGGGGGGGUGGUUACACAGAUGAGCCGGUGUCUAAGAUCCUGUCUCAUGUAGAGGAUGGGAACGUCGUCCAGCUCGACCGGUGGAAUCUAAUAGUGGAGCCCAACCAGGAUGCUGGUGCAGAGGAGAGGGAUGAGCAGCAGACAGACAAGCUCCCCCUCGACGUCUUCAACAACUACUUCAGCCUCGGCUUCGACGCACACGUGACACUAGAAUUCCACGAGUCUCGAGAGGCCAACCCGGAGAAAUUCAACAGCCGCUUUCGGAACAAGAUGUUUUAUGCAGGGACGGCCUUCUCGGACUUCCUCAUGGGCAGCUCCAAAGACCUAGCCAAACACAUCAAGGUCGUGUGCGACGGCACCGACCUCACCUCAAAGGUCCAGGAUCUGAAGCUGCAGUGCCUGGUGUUCCUCAACAUUCCCAGAUACUGUGCUGGUACCAUGCCAUGGGGCAACCCAAGCGAGCACCAUGACUUUGAGCCACAACGGCACGACGACGGCUGCAUUGAAGUUAUCGGCUUCACCAUGACCUCUCUGGCCACGCUGCAGGUCGGAGGUCACGGUGAGCGGCUGAACCAGUGCAGAGAGGUGACCCUCACCACCUACAAGUCCAUCCCCAUGCAGGUAGAUGGGGAGCCGUGCAAGCUAGCCCCCUCCACCAUCCGGAUCUCCCUGAGGAACCAAGCCAACAUGGUGCAGAAGGCCAAGAGGAGGACAUCUAUACCGCUGCUCAACGACCAGCAGCCCUUCCCGGAGAGGUUAAGGAUCCGGGUGAACCGUAUUAGCAUGCACGACUAUGAGGCCCUACAUUAUGACAAGGAGAAACUCAAAGAAGCCUCUAUCCCACUGGGACUUAUCGUUGUCCCGGGAGACAGUGACCUGGAAACAUGCCGCUCCCACAUCGAGAGGCUCCAAGAGGAGGAUGAUGGAGCUAAAUCAAAGACCCCUUCCUCGCAGAAGCUUUCGCCAAAGUGGUGCUUCUUGGACUCCACAACUGCAGAUCGUUUUUACAGAAUUGAUCGUGCUCAGGAACACCUAAACUAUGUGACCGAGAUAUCCCAAGACGAGCUCUUCAUCCUGGACCCUGAGCUGGUCAUCACGGAGACGGUGAGCACCUCACCAGGGAUGCCUGAUCUGGUUGAUUCUUCUGGUGAAUUCCCAGAGGCAUCAAGCAAGUUUGCCUUCCCGUCGUCCUCCUCUUCUCCUCCCCCCUCACCGGGACCCAGGAUCACGGAGCUCCAGAAGACCACUCAGAGGAAGCGAAUAUCCAGCGACAGCUCGGUGGUGGAGGCACUGGCACACAGCAGCUCCCUCAGGUCCAGUAAGCCUGCCCUCACCAGGGCUGGAUGUAUCCAUCGGUCUAACACUACUGCAGCUGAUUUCAACCCAACAUUGAGGUCGGAGAAGAAUACACUGUGCAAUACAGACAAAGUGUCACAGGAAGUGUUGAUUGAAUGUGUGAAGCGCAAAGACCAUCUGAAGCUGAAGGAGCUGCACAAACUGGGAGCUGACCUGUCAGUACAAGACCCCUCAGGAUGCACCCUGCUCCACUAUGCUGUGGACACUGGUAGCAAGGAGACUGUCAAAUACAUCCUGGACAAUGCACCCACAGAUAUCCUGGAUGUAACAGAAAAAGAAAAUGGGGAGACGGUGUUGCACAAAGCAGCGUCACUGUGUCAGAGGACUAUCUGUCACUACCUGGUAGAGGCAGGGGCAUCCCUCAUGAAGACAGACUUACAGGGUGACACACCAAAGCAUCGUGCAGAGAAGGCCAAGGAUGCAGAGCUGGCUGCCUACCUGGAGAACCGUCAGCACUACCAGAUGAUCCAGAGAGAGGACCAGGAGACAGCUGUGUGACCUCCCUCUGCUCCCUGACCUCCAGCACCACUUCCCUAUCACCUAACCCUUGUGCCAAAACUACUUUAGCUAAAAGAGGAAACUCACCAGAGAAGAUGGUUCAAAGAUAGCCAGUGUUGUAUUCUUCUGCUAGGGAGUUGGUUGGAAUCCUACCAGAUGAGAGACUCUUAAGGUCCACCAUGUGAGAUGCUCGUGACCAGUGGACUUGAUUAUUGCACUGCCAAAAAAAAGCUGUUUUGUGUCGGAACGCUUGGAAGAGAUGGCUCAUCUGUUACAUUUUUUUCCCAGGUUGUGUUGCGCUUGCGAUCCACCUAGACUGAAUGUUGAAUUUUGCUCCAAGGUUUUAGGACAGGAGCUUGGGUAAUUGAAUGUCUAGGUAAUUGAAUUGUUAUACACUCCGAUGGAGCUGUAUCGCUCUGUGUCUAUAAAAGCAGCAUGAGCGUUUCAACUGUACGGAUCACAAUGACUCAGUAGAUUUCGAAAGAGUAUAAACACUCUGAUCUGUAGGCCAGCUGUCUUUAAGGCUACCAAAAAUGACAUUCUUUUGAUUAGGUUUUUAUUUGUUUGUUGUACAUUAUUAUAAUUUGUUGACUGAUUUGUCCACCCAUAAUGAAGUGUGAUGGUAUCAAACUAUCCACAAAAGUGGGGAAUUUUACCCGUAAUACUUUUCUCAUCACCAAACAAUUUCAAUUGAGUAAAUCAAUAUUGUUCUACUUUAUGAUCACUUGGAAAAAUUUUAUUUUAUUUCUUAGUUUUAAUAAGGAUAUUUGGUACUGUACACUUAUCGUAGUAGCUCUGUGUUCAAGCAGUUUUUGCACUGCAGCUCCAAUUGCCUUGAUUUUCUUAUUUUGUUGGCUGAUUAGUUUGUAUUUAAUGUACUUAAUUAAGUCAUGGUGUAUUUUUAUUGCAUUUUUAAGCAGAUUGAUGUUUAUAUAAUUUGUACAUACUAUAAAUUUAAAAUGUUUUGUGUGUGGUCAUUAUUUACUAUAAAAAUUUGCAUUUGAUAUGUAUUAGUUUCAGAACUACAAAGCAUUUCUUCUCUCAUAUUGUUACAGAAGUCAAAGGCGUAUUUAUUCACCUCAACAUUUUUUACAGAUCCUUAACAUGCAGUCAAAUUAUGUUCAGCAACUCAAAAAUGUUCUGAAGGUUUGAGUUGUAAAUUUACAGGUUGGAUUUUGUUUUUUUACAUACAAAAAUAAUAAUUUGUCUUCAUACAAACCAAUCAUUUGUGGUUGCUAUUUAUUUUCCAUAGUUAUAAUCUGUUAAAAUAUGACUGGCCAUUUAAACCAGCAAUAUAAUUCAACUUAAGUUAUAAAGACGUGAUUAAUUUAAAUGGUGUUCAUGCUAUAUUGUGUAGAGAGUGAUGGGAAGGAAUUGGUCUCAUUCCAAAAGCUAUCCUACAGUAUAACUAGUUUAAUGUAGCACCACAGUAACUGUGGAUCUACUGUAUUUUGAAAUGAGUUGUUUCUCUGGAUGUUUUUUCUUAUUAUUUAAUCACUUAACAUCCUUGUAAGACAUACUUGUAAACACAUUAACAAGGUACACUUUCAUAUACACAUUUUUACUUGAUUGUGUUUGUUGUCAGAAGUUUAUAGUUUUGACCUUCAAACAAACCAUAAUGCCAACUAAGAUGCAUUUCAUUGUAAAUAAUUGCUGUUCUCUAUUAUGGCCAGAUACAUUAAUAAAUGUAGCACUGAAUCAGUUUCUGUGACAGGAAAUAUGUUGUCAAUGAAAGGCCUCGAGUGUUUCUAAUGCCAGACUGAAAAUAACGUGCUUUUGAUUUGAUUAUGAAAAGUAAAUGAAUUGUGUAGUUAUA